GAAGCUCCACAGGCAGCAGCCGGGAUAUUCCAGCACAGGGGGAACUGGGGGGCCCAGUCUGACACCCUAACUGCAGGAGCUCCUGGCGCCCAUUCUCUCAUUUGCACUACACAGUGAAGGCCCAUCCUGAGAACCCGAGUCACACGUACCCCGUGCUCCGUUACUAGCUGGACUGUUUGAAUUUUACAGCCAAAUAGGGGUCCCCCCUGCACCCACCUGCACCCUCCUGCACCCAGGGCUGUUGCCUCCCACUGCCUUAUGGAUCCAGCCAUGAUGGAAGAAGUAGUAAAGAAAAUGCUGAAUGCCCAGGUUAUUAUGGGCCACAUUGAGGGGGUCCCCCUGCCAGACUCCACCUGUGACGCGUGGGACUCUAUAUACAAUUUCCAGGCCCGGGAGGACGACAUCCUCGUCGCUACCUUCCCCAAAGCAGGGACAACGUGGAUGCAGGAGAUCGUGGAUCUGAUAUUACAGGAGGGAGACGCGCAGAAGGGCAGGAGGGCCCCGUGUUUCAUCAAAGUGCCAUUCAUAGACCUGAUACCGCCAAAGCCCAUGCCGUCAGGUGUGGAGUUGGCACAAACCAUGAAAUCCCCCCGUGUCCUAAAAACUCACUUACCUAUUAACCUGCUGCCCCCCUCCUUUUGGGAGAAGAAUGUCAAGGCUGUCUAUGUUGCCAGAAAUGCCAAGGACUGUAUGGUUUCUUAUUAUUACUUCCAAAAGAUAAACAAGGGUCUGCCGCCCCCCGGAACCUGGGAGAAUUACUUCUCGGCAUUCCUGUCUGGAGAUGUGCCAUGGGGCAGUUGGUUUGACCAUGUGAUUGGCUGGUGGAAAGCUAUGGACAAACACCAGAUUCUCUUUAUCUUCUAUGAGGACAUGAUCGAGGACCCAAUGCGUGAGAUUCGCAAAGUCAUGAAGUUCCUGGGGAAGGACUUAUCUGAUGAGGUUCUGGAGAACAUCAAGCAUCACACUUCCUUCCAGACAAUGAAGGAGAACCCUAUGACUAAUUUCAGCGUGUUUCCCAAUGUUAUCUUUGACCAAACCAUAUCUCCUUUCAUGAGAAAAGGGACCGUGGGGGAUUGGAAAAACCAUUUCACGGUGGCACAGAACAUUAUCUUUGAUGAGGAAUACAAGAAGAAGAUGGAGGGCAGUGGGCUGAACUUCCGCACUGAACUCUGAUAGAGAAUGGGGCCUAAGGAGCCGGUGGGAAUUCCCUUCCUCAUCUUCACACAGGGGACAACCUGUGCCCACAAGAUUGUACAGAGGAGCCAGAGGCACAUGGAGCCCAAUAAGAGAUUCUCCUACGACUCCCUUUCUUGGUGGCGCCUUUGUGCCUCUGUACGGGCCAUAAGGAACCUGUUGGGCCAAAGUAUAGAUCUGCCUAUUGUGUCUGAGAUAACGUGAUGGAAGAGGAAAUGCUUUGAGCCUUUAUUUGUAGUUCUGGGAUUGAUGGAAGCACUGAAUUCACAAACCCUCCAGACAAGGGUCUGUUUUGGUCCUGUAUGUAAAUAAUAAUACUUCUAUAUGUAGAUAAAGGUUGUUCUCCAGACCUCACCCUCUUCCUAUCUUCUUCUCUCCAUCUGCUAGCGCUGCCUGAAGCUUGGCAGAAAAUGAUCCAGAUGGUUUUAUAUGGAGUUUGGCACUAGGAAGAAUUUCAAUAAAAGUAAAAUAAAUUAAAGCUGCCCAUAA